GAGGGUUCAGCAAUGGCGGAGCUCCGGCAUUCGGCGUCGAUGGGGAGCCGCGCCUCAUCCUCUCCGGCCAAGCGCGACGCCGCCGCCAUCCCCCUCACCUUCGAUCGCCACCGAGAUCAUCCCUCCGGCGACUACGACGAUGAUGAUCCCCGCCGCGAUCGAGAUCGAGAUCCACUUCGUUUCCUCCCUCCUUCUCUUCGAUCUCUCAUUCACCUUGACGAUGCUAGGGCUCUUGCUUCUUCUCACUCUAGGAUCCUUGCCGUGCUGGGUUUGAUCCUGUGUGUUGCGGCGCUUGUGUCACUCCCUUCACUCUGGAGUCGCCUGACCGCACCGUAUUUAUGCACCAAGGAUGGAAUUGUGCUUCGGUGUCCAUUUGUAAAAGAGCCACCUUCUCUCUGGGAGAAUCCACACUCCGCAACUACUUCAUGGAAGCCAUGUGCUGAACGCCAGGAGAAUGAGAUUUCAGAUCUUCCACCUGAGAAUGAAACUUCGGGUUAUAUAUUUAUUCAUGCUGAGGGUGGCUUGAAUCAACAGCGUAUUGCUAUAUGCAAUGCUGUGGCUGUGGCCAAAAUUAUGAAUGCAACUCUUAUAUUGCCAGUUCUGAAGCAAGACCAAAUCUGGAAAGAUCAAACGAAGUUUGAAGAUAUAUUUGAUGUCGAUCAUUUCAUUGAGUAUUUGAAGUACGAUGUUCAUAUAGUACGUGACAUUCCUGACUGGUUUCUAGACAAAACAGAGCUUUUUACAAGUAUAAGGCGUACGGUAAAAAACAUUCCAAAGUAUGCCCCAGCGCAGUUUUAUAUUGACAAUGUACUUCCAAGAAUUAAGGAGAAGAAAAUCAUGGCUCUGAAGCCUUUUGUUGAUAGGUUGGGGUAUGAUAAUGUUCCCGCUGAAAUAAACAGGCUGAGGUGCAGAGUCAACUAUCAUGCUUUGAAAUUUUUACCGGAGAUUGAGGAAAUGGCAAACCUUUUAGCUUCCAGGAUGAGAAACCGAACAGGCAGUUCAAACCCUUACAUGGCACUGCACCUUAGGUUUGAGAAAGGAAUGGUAGGACUUUCCUUUUGUGAUUUUGUUGGAACUAGAGAAGAGAAAGCAAUGAUGGCAGCAUAUAGACAAAAGGAAUGGCCAAGGCGAUAUAAGAAUGGAUCUCACCUCUGGGAACUAGCCCUUCAGAAGCGAAAAGAAGGGCGCUGCCCCCUUGAGCCUGGAGAAGUUGCUGUGAUACUACGGGCAAUGGGAUACCCUAAAGAGACACAGAUAUAUGUUGCUUCCGGACAGGUUUAUGGUGGUCAAAACAGGAUGGCUCCUCUCAGAAACAUGUUUCCCUAAUUUGGUUACUAAAGAGGAAUUGGCUAGUAACAAGGAACUAGAUCAUUUCCGAAAACAUGUAACAAGUCUCGCUGCGCUAGACUUCUUGGUUUGCUUAAAGUCCGAUGUAUUUGUGAUGACUCACGGUGGCAAUUUUGCCAAGCUGAUAAUUGGAGCCCGUAGAUACAUGGGACAUCGUCUGAAAUCCAUAAAGCCGGACAAGGGGAUCAUGUCGAAAUCUUUUGGGGACCCCUACAUGGGAUGGGCACCUUUCGUCGAUGAUGUUGUGGUGACACACCAGACCCGAACUGGUCUUCCUGAGGAGACAUUUCCUAACUAUGAUUUGUGGGAGAAUCCUCUAACACCAUGCAUGUGUAGAGCAUAGGUCGAAAAACAAUGUUAUUAU